CUUGAGACCAACCAUUCAUCAAGACAGCUGCAGGAUUUUAAUCGUCGACGGCCUGCGCAGGCAUGGCCAGUCCAUCAGAUGACGGUCUAGCAGAAGUCCCAUCAAACAUGCCAGAUUUCUCUGCACCAGCCUUCUCUUCCGCUGGCCAACGCAAGUUUCGUCUCCAACAGCUCCUCGAUAACAAGGAAAAGCAGCUGCAACAGGCGGGAACUCUCGGUCAGCGGAAGCUCGAAGAGAAGAUAAGACAACUCCAGGAAUUUGAUGUAGAACAUGCAGAGGACGGGGAACUAGAUACUGACGCGCGCGAACGUUAUCGCGAACUAGCAGAGACUAUUGCUGAUUGGGACGCAGAGAACGCGCAGCUAUCUAGUGCCUUUGGCCAAAAACGUCCUCCUACGCAGCAAUCAUCUCCAGCCCUACCAAUCAAUGAUCUUCCUCGAGAGGAGCCCGAGCGCUCCAAAGCUUCAGCUUCAUCUGCUGCCCAGUCUCGUCGCGCCAAAAACGCUGCCCAUCGAGCAGACGACGUCGAAUUUGCGUUCGAGAUCGGAAGCGGACUUCUUACCGAAGUGCGACGGCUCCAAAGCCUUCUCGGAGAGCGUGACAAGGCCAUCCAAGAUAUGAAGGAGGAGAAAGACGACCUCGAAAAGACCGUUGAGUCUCUACGUACCGCGCUUCGAUCGCAAGAACAGAGCUCAGACAAAUUCAAAGAAGAAAACUGGAACCUCGAAGUUACUCUUCAAGAAGUCCGUACCCAACAUUCAGACGCGCAGUCAACAAUUGUGCGCCUCGAAGGUGAACACAAGCGCAUCACGAAAGUGCUCAACAGCACACGAGAAGCAGCAGACCAGCACAAGAACGAAUCACAGCGCGUCCAAACUGCAUUCGAUGAUAUGAAAGCUAAGCAUGAGACAGACGUGGCACAGGCGCGUAAGCAUGCUGCGGGCCUACAGCGCGACAAGUCAGACUUGCAGUCCGCGCUUGAUACACUGAAGGCAGAAGUAGAGAAAGCAAGCCGUCGCCUCGGUCCACGAUUCGGGAGUCCACUCACGCCUGGCGCAAGCCAGGGCAAAGAAUACUCGACCCCUGCUGCAGAGGAUGAUGAUGUCUUCACCUCGGCCAGCACCAACAACAGGCGAAAAAUGGACAGUUCGGCCGUGUUCCAGCCUGACGCAUUCGAGGAUCUUGUAGACAUUUCCCCCGACCCAUCACCAUCACGCCCAUUCCAUGCGAGCAACCAUCCCAAUAAUGAAAUUGAGGCCCUCCAGCAGCGGCUUGUCCACGCCCAGAGGCAGAUCAGCACCCUCAAGGGCAGUUUGCAUCGCGAGAAGGAGAUGCGAAUGGAGUAUAGGCGCAAACUAGAAGUCUUCCUCUGGCCUCCAGGAGAUGAGACAAAUGACGAUGACGAGAUUGAGACUAAGCAUCCUCGCCGGCUGACGCCAUACCGUUCUGGUGGUGGCAGAGGCAGAGGCAGGAGAGGCAGGGGAAGGUCCUCCCUUGUUACCAGGCUUGGCAUGGCAGCGCAAAGUCCUAGUCCUACAUCUGAUUACAACGCAUCUCCUCCUCCACCCGUGCCGGCCCUCCCCGACUUUGCUGACGAUAUUCUUUCCGACGAGGGUAACGCAGAAGGCGAGCCGGAAGAGCAAAAUCUUGACUCCUUACCUUCUGCCUCCUCGAAGCGAACGAGCGUUGACGGUAUGGACCCCAUGUUUGCCAAUGUCCUCCGCAAGUCUGCAUCCUACAGCUCGCUUCCAAGUCAAUCCAGCCCUCUUCGCCAUUCCCUGCUGGCCCGCUCGUCGCCUCGCGGCACUGCACGUGGUGGAGCCCCACAAAGACGCACUCGUGGCGGUGCUGCUUUCCAGGAGGCCAGACCGGCGUCCCUUGUUGGGGAACCUGAGGCCUUGGCUGCAGAGCUCGGCAUUGGCAUGACGUCUGUCACUGAAGAUGUUGAAGUCAAGGUCACCACUGAAAUGGCAUGUCAGACGGACUUCGAGGACGUGACGGUGCUUGUGCCCUCGCCCUCUUCCCCAGCGAACGACAUGGGUGUGCAAGUCGAGCAAGCCCUUGAACCCGUGCCAGCAUCUCCUACCACUUCUGAAAUGUCCUGCCAGACUGACGGGGAGUCCUCUGUGGUGCACAUGGAAACAGCUGUGCAACACGAACCCAUUUCUCCCGUUGCAGCCCGCACAAGUUUUUACCAAAUGCAGCCCCCUGAUCGUGUUUUCAUUGCACGGAGCUCGAUGAGGCGCACGACGCUCACACAGUCUGAUUUCUCUCGCUCGUCAGAGGGCGACAAUACCUUACGUGGUAGCAUCCCCGGUGAAGCUAACAGCCGACGACCCAUUCCAGGUGGUUUCACCUCUGAUGAGGAGAGCGACAUCGACGUUGAUAUUGACGACGGAGCGACGGAGACCGGUAUAGAAACAGACACAGAUGUGGACGAUUACCACGACGCGCGGGGAAGUUCUGCUACAGAGUCACGGGAGGACUUCCACUCUGUGUUGACGAUGACGGACAACGACUUUUCGGAGAGCGAUGACGAGAGUAUCAAGGCGCUGGUAAUCUCAAGGCGGUCGUCAAUGGCGUCUACGACGCAACAUCGGGAGUUGCGCCAUCGUGACACAGCUACCUACGAGGAGAGGGGUGUUGGUAUGGAUAGCGUUGAAGAGCCGAAGGUCAUCGAGGUUAUCAAGGAAGUUGAGGUCAUCAGGGAGGUGGAGGUCAUCAAAGAGGUCAUCAAGGAGAUCGAGAUCAUCAAGGAGGUUCCGAUCGAAAUCAUCAAAGAAGCACCUGUGGAAGUUAUCGAGGAGGUCCAAGAACCAGUUGAAGUGUUGAAGGCAGUCGAAGUGACCAAGACGGUUGCCGAGCCCUCCAAGCCAGAGCUGAAGGAGAUGUCCGUUCAAACGGAUAUUUUUACUGCUUCGCCCGUCAUUGCAAAUUGGCAAGAUACCUCUGCGUCAUCCAUGACCCCAACUGCCACUCCCGCACCCUCUCUCCCUGCGUCCCCCGCUCUCUUCCGAGUGGGCACGACGGUACAGCAGUUCCAGUUCGUCCCUGCACCUGCCGUCGCAAUGCCCGCUUCCCCUUCCCCCUCUACUGUUCGCGACUCCAGUCUCAGUACCACAAGCAUCGGCAUCAUUCUUGAAUCUGCAGUUUCUUUUGGCGCCGACGAUGGAGCUCGUCGUUCAAGGACCGCUUCUUCCGUACCCUCCAUUGUAGACAAGACUCGUCCCCCUAUGAUGGCCUUGCCACCACCACCUCGCCAGCCGCCUCCGUCUAGCACCAUGGCACCACCCCCUUUCAUCCCGGAAAGGAGAGUAGCUACUACGUCCUCAACAUCGGACGCGCCGCCACCUCGUCCGUCCUCCCCCCCACCUCCAGAACUCAUACAGCGUGCCACCACACCGACCUUUGGUACAAUGCUCUCCGUACAUGGCAGGGGUGGUGCUUACGGUCCAAGACAGCAUGGCUCGAGCAUGCCCCCGCCCCAAUCAAAUUUGCGGCAGCCGCCAUCCACAAGCAGCUUCCGGUCUGCUGCCAAUGCUGCGGCGUAUGCGCAAAACUCGGUUCCACCGUCUGGCUUACCAUCAUGGGGUGUGCGCGAGCAGCAGAGGAGGGAGAUGUCGAGUACGUCCCUGGCGUCAGAUAGAAGCGCACUUUCACCACGGUCGUCCAUGUCUUCGGACCACAAUGUCUUCUUAAACCGUACACCUGGCGCUAGCAUGCCCGUUACCCCCGGCAAGAAUGUCGAACAGCUUAAUGACAACAGAAAUAGUAUGUCGACAGACCCUGCUGUCAUCCAUGCGAUCACCCAGACUAUGAUCGGCGAGUUCUUGUACAAAUAUACCCGGCGCACCAUUGGUAAGGGCUAUGGAGAGAAGAGACACAAGCGGUUCUUCUGGGUGCAUCCGUAUACCAAGACUUUGUACUGGAGCUCUGCUGACCCUGGAUCAUCAAACCUUAUAUUGAAGGCUGUUCGCUCUGUUUUGGAUCCCAAUCCCAUGCCUCCUGGUUUAUACCAGUACAGCGUGGUGAUAUCCACAGCCCAGAGAGAAAUGAAGAUUACCGCUCCUACCAAAGAGCGCCAUGACAUUUGGCUCAACGCUUUGAAAUACCUGCUUGCUCGUCCCAGCCCUGCAAUGACACCCUCAACCAGUCAGAAUGAAAAUGCGGCCCCCAUGAGCCCCAUGUCUCAAAGCGCAGAGCUCACAGACGAUGAUCACCGUCAUUUGAUUGAUACAAGCCCCCAAAGUCAACGAAGUGGCCGAAGCAGCCGGAACGGUGGUGCCUUCAGCACCACGCCGCGGGGCAGCCGGAGUAGAUCACAAAUCUCUAUUCGAGGGUCUGUAGGCAAAAGGUCCGGAACGCCAGCCGCAGAAUACCUCCGAUGGGCAGCGCCCGAGAGCCCGUACAGCCCCGCGAGGUCCUUCGAACGAGUAAUGAGUCAUGGCCAAGACGAUGAUGACCUUGAGUUUGAACUCCAUGGCCAAUCCCAAUCAGACGACGGGUUCGAGGGCUUGGAAAAUGUGCGCGCCUGUUGUGAUGGACGUCAUACUGUCGGUCAUUCUGGUCAUCACCACCAUCACUCCCACAAUGGUGACCACCUUGAAGUUAGCGCUCCCGCACGGCCGGUGUCUCCUGCGUGGUCGCUUCGAUCGCGAACGGGGAGUGCACACUCUCAUGACACGGGCGGUUUGUUUUCAUGGGGCCGAGGGGACGAUGGGAAGCUUCGCUUUGGCUCUCGACGAUCUACAAAGACUGUACCUAACGCUACUGGUGAUCGGUAGUUGGGCGAACAACGCCCGUUUCCUCGCUCUUGCCUUGCCUAUUUUUGCUUUUUGCGCACGAUAUCUCGCUUUCUCGCAGCCUACCCUCCCUGAUAAUGGUCUUCGCUAUAUCAUGAUAUAAAUCCCUUAUAUUCAGUGACUUUUUUUUUCGUUUCGUGUAUGCAUUAUUUUUUCUUUGCACAGUUACCCAAGACUUCCGAGAACCGAACCGCUCCUUGUAUCUCACCGGAAUGCUACCUAAAUACCCACACUCCUUUGCUCAAUUCUAUUUAAUUCGCCAUCUAC